GUUGCUCAUCUAUCUUACCUUGAAACUUUAGCCUGUUACUGUUAGUUCCGUUCUUGUUUAGAAAUUAAACACUUGACUUAAGCGGCUGAUCGCUCACACACCUGGGGCCUAGUUGCGUAGAGGUACCUACUAUCCCGGCAUAUAUAUUUAGAGGCGUGCUGCUGUCUUAGGGCUGGCUAGGCGGCGCGCCUAUGGCAGAGCAGGAUGGGAGCGAGCCCUCUUCGGCGAUACAAGUCUGUGUGCGGGUGCGACCCCUGAACCCCCGAGAGCGUGAUGAGGGAUUGCGCGCCUGCGUGAGCUUUGACGAGGAGACCAAGCAAGUCGUCCUCUCGGCCGUGGACAAGAACACGCUACUGCAGCUCAGAGGCGCGACUGCAAAGGGUUAUGCUUUUGACAGGCGAUAUGGCCAGGAUAUCACAUCUGACGCCAUUUAUGACGACUGCGUCGCCCAGCUGGUCGAGGCAGUAUUCAAGGGCUAUAACGCGACCGUGCUUGCAUAUGGCCAAACGGGCUCUGGAAAGACGCAUACGAUGGCUGGAGGUCAGGGCAUUCACGGCGUUGUAGAGGAGGGUGUUACCCCGCGGGUAAUCCGCCACAUCUUUGCCCUCGCCGAGGCAAUCCGGAAGAAGGAGAAGCCGGGCGAGAAGACGCAGGUAUCGGCGUACGGCCUGGAGCUGUAUAACGAGGACUUGCGUGACCUUGCCUUAGCGGGUGGUCGGGAUGAAACGGCGAAAGGCUGGGAUGGGAAGGGUGGGUGCGGCUCGACGCUGAAGCUGCAGGAGCGGCCGGUUGGCAAGGAUGGGCGAGUGGUCCCGGAGGUAAUUGGCGUGACGGAACGGGUGGUUAGCGGCGUGGACGAGCUGCUGAACUUCUUUAACCUGUGCAUGGACAACCGAUCCACGUCGUCGACGAAAUUAAACGACAGGUCGUCACGCUCGCAUGCCAUCUUCACUAUCACCAUCCAGCGCACCGUCGUGGAGGUGCUGAACGAGCUGGGCUCGGACCUCAAGGCCAAGGUCCGCACGAGCGAGUUUAGCAGCAAGCUGCAUCUUGUAGAUCUAGCGGGUAGCGAGCGCGUUAAGCGCUCGGGCGUAACCGGCAAGGAGCUGAAGGAGGCAACACACAUCAACAGCGGACUGUUGGCUCUCGGCAACGUCAUUGUGGCUUUGGCGGGCGACGACACCACCAGCGGCGGCGGCAAGGACGGGAAAGCGGAAAAGAAGAAGGCGACACACGUACCGUACCGCGACUCCAAGCUAACGCGCCUGCUGCAGGACUCGCUCGGAGGCAACAGCUUGACGGUCCUCAUCAGCUGCAUUAGCCCCUCGGAGUCAGACUUCGAGGAAACCAACAACACCCUUAAAUACGCAAACCGAGCCUGCAAAAUUAAGAACCAGCCGUUGCCGAACAGGUUCACGACGCUGGAGGAGGACUUGCUACCUGUGAUCCCCACGGCCGGCAUGGGCUGCACGCUUGGCAUGAUGCAGCUGCAGGCGUUGUUGGAAGAUCACGAGCGCCUGAAGGAGGUCCGGGAGCGGCGUGAGCGUGAGCGGCGCGAGAAGGAGGCCAAGCGCACGGCGGCCCUAGCAGCGCUGCGCGAGGAGCAGAUGAAAGCAAAGGGCUUCCAGCGGUUACGUGCCACGCAGUACGACGAGCUUCGGCGGAGGUUGGCGGGUGGCGCGGCUGCUAGCAUCCCGACGGAUCAGGUCAUUGGGGACGAGCUGUUGAAGGGGUUCGGUACGCGGCUGCGCCUGAGCGCGGUCGCCUCCUCGGUAGACGGUCUUGCCGGAGUAACCAGCUCUGCAGGGCCCGGCUCCGCUCGGCGGCAACCGCACCGGCCAUCCAGCAGUCGCGGCCGCGGCACUGCGGUUACCGCGGAUGACGGACCGAGCACGCCUUCACGUCCGCGGCCAACUGCAUCUACUGCCAAGUCUGUGGGGAAGUCCAGCUUUGCAGCAUGGCUUGCCUCGCAAGAGGCGGGCGCCGGGGCCGAGGGCGCUACCGGAAAUGCGGAAAGCGAGUACGGCGGCACAGACGACUUCUUUGUGGGCGGGGAAGACGGGGAGGGCGACGUGGUCACCGAGGACUUCGUGGGAGGAGAGGGUGGAGACGAGUCCAUGUUCGCCGACGAGGAGCGCACGUCGGAAGCCCGGAGAGACGACGGCGGCGAAUCCAUGUUUGCCGACGACGCAAGCGGUGAAGGAGGCGCGGCCGCAGCUGCGAUUGCAAAGUCUAAGUUCCGACGGGCUCAGAAAGCAGGCGGCGGACCAGGGCGAGCAGCAGCUGGCGGCAGCGAGGCGUCGCUUACGGAGCUUGAACGCGAGGGCACGGGUGACGCUGGCGUUAACGCUGAAGCCGCGAGCGCCGACGACGGGGUGGGCGCGGAUGAUGGCGCCGGUGGUUACGAUUUGUUGGAUGAGGGUGAAGUGCCCAAGUUGCUGGCGCGUUUCAAGGUUAACCAACACGACACAUUGGCGGUGUUCAAAGCGUGCACCAAGGAGGACUUCAAGGACGUCAUUAGCCUCCUCCCGGAGAACACGCCGCUACCCGCCUCAGACAAGAUGACCUACCUACUAGCUCGCCUUGAGGUCAACCCUGGCCGUGACAUGGCCGCCGCGCUACUGAACGUUGCGACGGGCGAGGCGACUAUGAAGGACGCAGUUGGCCCUGCAGUGGGCUGCCUCAUGGCCACCUUCGGCACCAACAUGAUUGCGUCCUGCAUCUUCGACUUUGAGGACCCAGAGGAGCUGCGGUAUUACGGUGUGGACGAGCGGAUUGAGCUGUGGGGUCUGCAGAUCCCGCACACCAGCGUGCGGCCCAUGCUGGCCGAUGGCCUCACGGAGGAGCAGGCUUUGGCGGCGGCGGAGGCGUCGAAGGACAACACGAUCACGUGGAGCAGCGUUGACCGCCUCAACAUGUCCAUCGGUCUGCUGUACGCCCUCUGCAACCACGCCAUCGAGAACGGCAUCCGCUGCGGCUUCUGCGUGCCCCGCCCGCAGCUGCUCAAGCGCUGGAUGCAGGCCGGUGUCAAGAUGGAGCAAGUAAAGACCGCCCUCACGCUUAUCUACCCGCAAACGGCGCACGACUACGAGUAUUACCGGGCCUCCACCGUGGCGUGGUUCAUGGUGGCCGAGGUGAAGGCCAAGCUGGAGCGUGUGCUCGGGAUCGUACACUGAGCACUCCUUGUGCGUUUUCCGGUCGGAUGGGAGGGCGCGCGCAUGCGCCACCGAACAGCGAGUGCAUGCAAUGCGCUUGGUGGCUGAAAGGGGGUGGCAUAGCCGUGUUGGGAGCACGAUGUAAAUGAUAGCAGACAGGGUGAGGUACACGGAUAGGGCGAGCGAGCUAGAGAGCAAGCUGGCAUGCUCGCCGCAAUGUCUAGGUGUGCAUGUUUGGGCGAGUUUUUUUUCAAUUUCGAGUGACUAGGUCCAAACAGUCGCAGCUGUGUUCAGGCACGUUUGGCUUCGAGCUCGACCUCUAGCAUUAUUACCAACAUUGCGAACAUUCUGUCGACAGGACUUGACGUGCGUCUGGUUUUACCUCGGUAUGCGUUUACAUGCGCGCGGCGUGCCGCGUGCUUCAAGCAUCGGGUGUGGGUACACUCUGUUUCUGCACGCACAGUGCAGUGCGUCAUACACUUAAGGGCCCACGGGGCGCCAUUAUGCGGGGUAGCUCCAUGUGGAGUAGCAGUAGCACGCGGUGAGGUUGUGCGCCACAAGGUCUCCGCUAGUAUGAUAGCUGCAAUGGCUAUCGGGCCAGGCGGAGGGCGUGGUGGCAUGGCGCGGCAGUCAACACCGGUACAAUAGGGGCAGACGCAGGACAGGUCCACAACAUGUGUCCAUUAUCAGGCAAGCGUAUGCCGUCUACUACGGAGCAGGGUCGCCUACACCGCAAGGACUCUGGCUGGCUGGAGGUUACUGGG